AUGCCGACUGCGCGCGUGUACAGACGGCGCGCGUCGUUGUUGAGCACGAUCGAGUACGCGAACGCGGCGUGUCGAACGAUGAUUCCCGCGCCCGUGUGGUUAGCUUACUUCAAGAGAGAGCUUCCAAGCUUGUUUGCUUCCUUCGUCACGGGGCUUUACGUGAUUUUCAAGCUCAGAGGCGUCGUUCAGCGCGGAUUCGACUUCAUCAACGCGGCGUCGAUGUGGUUGACGGCGAGCAAAAGAGCGGGCGACAUCGCGACGAGUGAAGACUUGAUGGAAGCGGGCGAUGUGUGCGCGAUUUGCCGAGAACCGUGCGUGGACGCCACGAAACUGCGCUGUUCGCACAUAUUUUGCGAAGACUGUAUAGGAGAGUGGUUCGACCGACAGCCAAGUCGCGGAGCGAGUAGGGAGAAGACGUGCCCGGUGUGUCGAGCCGUCGUUCACUCUGGAACGCUCAAAAGUUUUGGCGAUGGCUCGACGCAGCUGUCGCCAUUGUUCUUCUAG